AUGGGAACUGAUAUGGCGUCCCCAAAAUCCGAAACGACCCCUGCCAAGCUCAGUGCGCCCAAGGACAAGAAUUGCCCCUAUUGCAGGCAAGCUUUUACCUCUUCGUCCCUCGGCCGGCAUCUCGACCUCUACAUCAAGGAAAAGAAUCCCAAGCCGCCAGAUGGCGUACACGAUGUCGAGGCCAUUCGAAGAAUGCGAGGUUGCAUCACGAGGCGGCAAGCCCGUGGCUCUCUUGGUGCGCGCAAGGAUUCGACUCCAGCUGGAACACCAAAGCCUGUUCCGAAACGCGAAACAUCCCACCGAGACGUUGAGUCUCUCGGUGCUGCGUCCACACCAAAAGACGGCACCUAUGCAGCCGACUCGACUGUCAGCAAGUUCCCCUUUUCUCCAAGGUGGCAAGCUACUGGUGUCAUCAACAAUAUAUCCCCCAGGGGCUCUUGGGAUGGCGAUGCUGGGCCAGAGGCAGUGAAACGACCGGGAAUCCAGCCGACACUAAGCAAGCAAGCAGUUCAAAAGGCCCAGUUGGACGUGAAGCAGAAGCUGUCGGACGCCAUGGACACCGCUCGAGCUGCAGAACUUGCCUUGAGAGAGCUCCUGGGCUCGUGGAGAGCGGCCAAGCGACACAUUGAUCAUAGCUCCAUGCCGUUCGACUUCGAUCCACUCUCCCUCGACUUUCCCGCUCUCACAUUGCAAUGCCUGCACCCGCCGCCGACCCUAUUUUCCUCCACGCAGCAUCCCACCUCUACGUCCUGGUCUGUGCAAUCCCCGGGACAGCGGGAAUUCAAGGCCUUGCAGUCGUAUUUCGAUAAUGAGUUCAGAGCUUGGAGAGUGACUUGUGCAGCUGCCACAACAGCGGCAUCCGAGGAACUGGCCUACCCUCCCAAGGGGAAUCUGCAAAAGGACACCCGCGACGCGGCAAAAAAGGCCGGGAAAGUGGCGGGAAAUCUGGAGAGGCAGGUGGAGGAACAUCUGCAGUCUGCAUACACUGUGUGGGAUUCGCUGCCUGGGCAGCGUCGACAGGAGCUUUGGAUUCUAGAACUUGCGCGCGGAGUUGGCAGGAAGCACAAGGAAAUGGAAACAAUGAAGGAGCUGCAGCAUCGGUUGACACAAGAGAAUGCAAACUUGAAGAUGCAGGUUGAUCAGCUGAAUCGUCUGCAGCAGCCCCGCGAAUCCAAGCCCCUGUCACCGUCGACCAUACCGAUAGAUCGCGAUGUGAUAAGCUAUGCGUAUGAGCAAGGUGUGAAGGGUGGAAAGAGCGUCGGUUUCGACAUGGAGGACCACCAUCUGGAUAUCGCAACGGUUGUCGCCAAGUCGAUUGAAAGGUGGAAGAACGUAAUUAUGUCAGCUCGUGUAACGUCGGGCGGGAUGAGUGCACAACGGCCAUUGGACCAACCACCUCAAGCACCAGUCAAUUUCAGUAGUCUGUCGCAGUCGCAAUCGCAAGGCCCGUCUCAGACGACGCAACAACAACAGCAUCACCAACCUCCGAUCCAAGCCGGCAGACCCAGCAGUGGAGCGCGAUUGUCUACUGCUAGUGCGUCCGAGCCCGUCAGCGAACACACAGCCCCAACCGCCAGCACGACUGGGCCACCAUCGAUGGCCGAGCAAGAGGAAGAAGAGGGAGAAAGAGGAGAGAGGGACGAUUCUAGUGAUCAAGAUGCGGAUGCCGAGAUGGAAGACGACGACAGCUUCGUCAUCAUGAACACGUCUCCAACAAAACCGGCACACGCACCAGUGGAACAAACCGCGACCGUCGAAGCCCCCCGGACGCGGAGACCCGUUCAACAACAAGGCGCUACACCAGAUAUGCAAUUCGUGAUGCAAACUGGAGCAGGGAGUCCUGUUCCCCGGCCAGCCAUGACUGUGGCCAGGUCAAUGCCUAAUAUGAACAGGGCAAUGCAGAGGAAUCACAUGCAUGGCAGUGACUUGCCCGUGAUGCAGCAAGUACGUGGAGAUGUGUACAUGGAACAAUGA